AUGGGAAACCGGCUCGGCUGCGGGGGAAGCUGGAGCUGCCCAUCAACUUUCCAGAGGAAAAAGAAAAUGGGGAGCCAAGCAAGACGGACAUUAAAGCAGCAGCAGCAACAGAAUGGCACAAAGGGCCAUGACCCAACGGGACGUACGUAUGAGCAGGUGUUAAAGCAGCCUGUGUCUCAGGAGAUGAGUCAAGGCCUCAUGUCGGAGGAGAGCAGCUUACACUAUGCAGACAUUCAAUUGUGCAGCCUAACCCAGACACGCUCUGCCCAGGAGGUGAAGCACCUACAGCUAGAAAAUGCUACAGAAUAUGCGACGCUUUACUUCCCCCAGUCCACACCCCGCUAUGACAGCAAGAACGGGACCCUAGUAUGA